AUGACCUCUGAGAAAGACGUAGAGAUCUCCCGCCUCGAUUUAGAGGCCUCUGCCCCAGCAGAAGCGACCAUUACCGAUGUUCAGCACCUAGCUUCUUACAACUGGAUCGAAGCAACCCAACCAACGAUCGCAGUUCCAGGCAUUCCAGCACGAUGGUCUCCCCCAGAAAAGCCCCAAAAGUUGCAAAAGGACAGCGGUCUUGUGUUCAUCGCUCAGAAUGCGGCCCGUCAUCCUGCUAGCCCUCUCGAGCCGCUCUUCCGCUCCCUCUACAUUGAGCAACCAUCGUUCGAUAUCAACCCAAUCGACGUCGUGACCGACAGAAACAACAUCCGUAGACUGCUCUUGUUCAUCCAGCCUAGCUUGGCCAGACGUGAUCUCGAUUCCUUUACCAUCCAGGUGGAGAUGGCCGCUCAGACUGCGAUAUUCUGCCGCGAUGAGACCCCUAUCUACCAAUACAUCGCGGUCAACGAGUUUAAGGGGUUUGGCCGUGAAUUCGAGAAGGCAUACACCACCUAUCAGAUCGAAGAGAGUACUGGACAUUAUCGCAUUCUGCAAUAUCGACUGGGUGGUCUGAGAUUCCUCGUACGCCACGAGACAGAUGGAUAUCUCGAUGAGAAACCCGCCGAAUCGAAGGAUCUGGUUGCAGAGGAAAGCAUUCCAACCAAUCUAGAUUCCCUAUCCCCCUUGCUGGAAACUGCUUCCGUCGAUGAGGCCGUUAGUCAACCUCGAUUGACCAUCAAGAAGGAAGGCUGGGUAGUCCCAAGGGAAUUAACCCUGGAGGUCAAAACUCGGGCAUUCCACAAGCCUCUUGAACUAUCGGAGUUUGCAGCGCAGCUUUGGAUUUCUCAGACGCCCAACCUCGUCCGUGCUUAUCAUAAGGGUGGGCUGUUCUCGACGCCUGAAGUGGACGACAUUUCCACAGCGCUACAGGAUUGGGAACAGGCCCACCAAGAAGACAUCAGGAAGCUCGUUGCCCUUAUCACCCGCAUUCUUCAAGUUACAAGAGAAUGGGGUGGGACCUCAACCAUUCAGUACGAUGAUUCGAAGGAUAAGCUGGUGGCCAAGAAGGUUACGGGGAGGAGAAUGCUCCCAGAUGAUCUUUAUUCUCUAUGGACAGAUGUCGUACCGACCGAUGUUGAACAGAACAUUCCUGAGAAGCACCUAGCAGUCACUGAAGAAAAGGAAUGA